UCAGGGUGGCUGCUCACACGUGCCCGUCGUCUUUGUCCUGCUUCACAGCUCCUCUGGCUGCCAUGGGCACUGCCUACAGGGAGAGGAGCUGACUGCCGCCUGUGCCAUUUCCUCACAUUGCAUCCAUCCUUUGCAGCAGUCUCCGUCAGUAUCUCAGUCCGUGCAUUGCGGGAGGAAUCUCGGUCUAUUUUCCGAGGCACAAUGACCGGAUCCCCGUAGGCGAUACCCGGCGACGUCUGCCCACCUGGAAGAUGCUGCUGCUGCUGGGAUGAUGCGUGUUUUGUUUCCAUCUGUGCUCCGGCCGGACGGGUUUCUGUUUGGAUGAUGCACAGAGGUGUUCUCGAUGUCUUUAUGUUUCACCCUGAUUUGGAAAACCCCCAUCCCAUCAGGAGAUCCAUGACCCGGUUUCUGUACCGCUGUCAUCAUGUCCCCAGCAUCGGCUGCAACGGCCAGUGAGAGCAGCACCACCACCGUCCCCGAAGAGGAGCCGGACAGCCCGAGAGAGGAGCAGCGGCCCCAGAAACAGUCCCUCACUAAAUCCUUGUGUCAGGAAACUCACUGGAAAUGCCUGCUGCUGUCCCUUCUGAUGUAUGGCUGCGUCGGCGUGAUGGCCUGGUGUCAGGUGACCAAGGUCACACGCCUCUCCUUCGACAGCGCCUACAAGGGAAAGUCUAUGAUGUACCACGACAGCCCCUGCUCCAACGGCUACAUCUACAUCCCUCUGGCCUUCCUGGUCAUGCUCUACGUGGUCUACCUGGUGGAGUGUUGGCACUGCUACACCAGGAACGAGCUGCAGUACAAGGUGGACGUGGACAGUGUGGGGGAGCGCAUCCAGAGGAUGCAGCAGGCUACACCCUGCAUCUGGUGGAAGGCCAUUAGCUAUCAUUAUAUCAGAAGGACGCGGCAGGUGACGCGCUACCGUAACGGGGAUGCCUACACCACCACGCAGGUCUACCAUGAGCGUGUCAACACCCAUGUGGCUGAGGCGGAGUUUGAUUAUGGGAACUGUGGGGUUAAGGACAUCUCGAAGCACCUGCUGGGCCUGGAGGACUUCCCCAUCACCAGGCUGAGGUUCACUAAGUGCUUUAGCUUUGCCAACGUGGAGUCAGAGAACUCGUACCUGACCCAGCGGGCCAGAUUCUUCACAGAGAACGAGGGCCUGGAUGACUACAUGGAAGCCAGGGAGGGGAUGCACCUGAAGAAUGUAGACUUUAAGGAGUAUAUGAUUGCCUUUUCUGACCCUAAUCACCUUCCCUGGUACGCAGCCAACUCCACUUUCUGGGUGGCAGCUGCUUUCACCCUCUCCUGGCCUCUGCGGGUGCUGACUGAGUACCGCACUGCCUGUGUACACUACCAUGUAGAGAAGCUGUUUGGCUUUGACUAUGUGCCAGUAACACCAUCUGAGGAGCGGCCACAUUGCAGACACAUCCCACGAGUCAACACAAUCGACAGCACGGAGCUGGAGUGGCACAUCCGCUCCAACCAGCAGCUGGUGCCCAGCUACUCAGAGGCAGUUCUCAUGGACCUGGCCCAGCUCUCAGGGAGCUGUAACAACUACUCCGUAUGUGGAGGCUAUGGUAGCUACAGGCAGAACUGCGAACGCUGCCACCGCGCCAUCAGCAGCUCCUCCAUCUUCUCUCGCAGUGCCCUCAGCAUCUGCAACACGGGGAGCCCCCGCAUCCCCUUCAGCGCCAGCCGCUUCUCGCUGGGCCGGCUGUACGGCUCCAGACGGAGCUGCCUGUGGAGGAGCAGCGGGAGCCUGAACGAGCGGUCCUGCCCCACAGAGAGCACGCGCUGUCUGUCAGGCCAACAGAGCAGUGAGGAGAACCCUCCAGCCUAUCAGGACGCUCUGUACUUUCCAGUGCUCAUUGUGCAUCGCAACGAAGGCUGCCUCAAUCACGACCACCGCUCCCUGCACAGAAACGGCUCCUGUGUGGAGACCUCUCUAUGACCCACAGCUGCCAGACUUAUCUGAGCAAGGAAUAUAAUGACACAGGCACAGAGUGAGAACCCUCUUUACACCAGGGUAGGGCUAACUAUGACUUCUACUUCUCCUUUUUACAACAGAAUUAACUACAAGUUCCCACAUACAAAGAUCUGUUCAAGUUUCUAAAGGUACUGUAGCCUCAAACAAACAGGAAACAGUACAUGUAGGAAAGUCCUUACAGUACAGUCAGGGAAAAACAGACUUGAUGCUAAUGAUGAGACUGUUGCUAAAAAUACAAUGCGGCUCUAAAGGACCAAAUUGCCAAAGUGUCACGUAUCGUCCUACACCGUCCAUACGGACAAGAGUCAAAUAACCAAGGAACACGAAGGGGAGUCACUUCCUACUGUAAAUGCCAUAUUUGUAGAUGUUAGUCACAGACAAUUUACAAGGACAUGAGUAACACUUUCUAGUAUUUGAAGCCUAACAGGGGUUUUGACUCAGCAGUAGCCUAAGAAAUUGCCAAGAAAUGAAAGGGAUAUGACAAUUAAUGGAUGUCUGAAUGAAAAAUGAAAUUGACUCACACAUCACAGGAGUGAUGAGUUCAUGUGAGUCACAUGAAAUGGGUGAAUGAUGAGGGAAAAUGCAAAGAUAUCAGCCUCCUUGUCAAAACAUAACAUAAUUAACAUGACUGAAUACUUUUGCUGAAACAAAAAACAUCCCAUGGCUCUUAUAAAUUAAGUAAGGCCCACAUCUAAAAUCUAAACAGCUGCAUGUGAAACCUUUUGAUACUGGCUGAUUUAAUUCUGUACAUUCAAAGAACACAUUUCCAUAGUAUAAAAAUAAACGUCUGAUGCAGAUGCUGAAAUGUCAAGUUAGCUGAAAUCGGCUUGGCUGGGAUGACAUUAUACUUCCUGGCUUGCUAAAUAUAGCAGCGCAGUGGAUGAAUAAUUUAGCACAGGAGGGCUAAAGGACACGAGAACUUCAAACUGAAUCAACAACACGUCUUCAAACUGUUAAUUACUAUAAACUGUACAUUUUCUAUAAUGGGCGACUACAUAGUAAUAAACCUCAUCAUACUAGUAAUAAAUCAGUGUCAACUCAGUUGGUUUAAAACCUCAAAGAUGCAUUUAAUUUAAUAUUUGGCAAUAUUUUUAUUCAGCCUACCUCCUUAUUUAAGUGCCUAGUGAUCAACUGUUACCGACGAGCAUAAGCUAUUAAAGUCAUCUCAUCUCAACAUCUUCCCAUUAAAACAUGUUGAAUUUACACUCAUGAUAGCACUUAGUGUGUAAUACACAGAAGAAACAUGAUCUCAUUGUUCUUAAAAAAUCAGGCCCUAAAUGUUUUCAGAUGAUUUUUCUCAUAAUAUAACACAGCUCUCGUGAACUGAUGCUGCUGCUGAUGCGUAUCAGAGAGACAGCCAGAGAGAGCUGGCCAUCAAAGACGCUAGAAAUAGGCAGAGGCCUGGAUUCACUACUGAUAGUGUCAGAUUUAAUAAUACGACAGGAUUACUUUAAAGAACUAAAAAAAAAACCUUCCUCUCAAAUGAGUGCAUGCAAUAUCUUAGUCAUGGCGAAUUUAUUUAACAGCCGAACCAUGCACAACAAUAAAUGUCUAAUGGAAACAGUGACGAAAAUCAGGCAUACCAGAACUUUUGAAACAAAUAUUAUGUAGGGGUUAGAAACAGUUUAGCUAGUUUUAACUGUACAAUUAUUACAGUUAUUUGUGUACAAACCAGCCUCCAUCUCACAAGACUUGCAGUGAAAACUGGCAUGGGCAUAACAUUUUCCAACAUUAAAGGAACAGUGUGUAAGAUUUCGGGGGACAUAUUGGCAGCAAUGGAAUAUAAUAGGU